CGCAACACGUUCGGCAAGUUGUGCCGUAUACUUAAGGAUCGAGGGGGUUUGCACAUAGGUAAGUGUCUAGGGAUUGAAGAACAGGUUGCGAUGUUCAUUGGCGUUCUGUCGCAUCACAAAAAAAACCGGGUAGUCCGUUUCAAUUUUAUUAGGUCGGGAUCUACGGUAUCCUAUUAUGUGAAUAAAGUUUGAGGUGCCAUUCUCAGUCUUCACGAUGUAUUAUUUGAAAAGCCUACCCCAGUCCCGGAUGAUUGCAUUGACCAUAGAUGGAAAUGGUUCAAGGGUUGCUUGGGUGCCUUGGAUGGUACUCAUAUCAAUGUGUUGGUGAGCAACAGUCAUAAACCCCGGUAUCGCACACGCAAAGGAUCCAUCGCAACAAACACAUUAGCUGUAUGUGAUAGAAAUAUGCAGUUCGUCUAUAUCCUACCUGGUUGGGAAGGGUCUGCCGGUGAUUCAAGAGUGCUGAGGGACGCCUUAUCUAGGCCCAAUGGGUUCAGAGUCCCGCAAGGUUGUUACUAUCUCUGCGACAGUGCAUACGCUAAUUGCCCCGGCUUCUUGACGCCGUACAAAGGGGUGCGAUACCACCUGAAGGAAUGGGGGGUUGGCGACGCAGCUCCACAUGAUCCUAAGGAGCUGUUUAACAUGCGUCACAGCAAGGCUCGAAACAUUAUUGAACGCGCCUUUGCUGUGUUGAAGAUGCGUUGGGGGUUGUUGCGUAGUUGCUCUUUUUAUCCAAUUCAAACACAAAUCAGAUUGAUCAUGGCAUGUUUCCUUCUUCAUAAUUUCAUCCGCAGGGAGAUGAGUACAGAUCCCGUGGAAAUCGCCCUCGAUGUUGAUGUUCCAAUGGUCGUUAAUGGAGCGCCUUAUGUUGCUAACAACUACGUUGACUGUGUCGACCCAUCACCGGAGUGGACUGCACUACGUGACGCCAUAGCGCAGGAGAUGUGGAAUACUAGAUAGAUCUAUCGUUUAGAAAUAAUUACGCUUGUUCUCUAAUGACUUUCUUCAAACUAAGUACCACCUGAAGUGGAUAUUUUGUUUUGUUGUGCCUUAUUAUGAUUGUUUGCGUCUACUCUAUGUGUUAUGUGUUGUGCUCAAUUAUAGAUGAUUUGUAGUUUUAAUAAUGUAUUUGUUGGCUUACUCUCAGCAAAUGUCGCAACGGGUCGCGAAGGCUGAUGGUAUUCCCGAAUGUGGGUGUGGCUGGGGAAAGAUGGAGAUGCGAAUGGCAGGGAAAAACGCGAUCAACGCGGGACGUUAUUAUAUGAAAUGUCCCGCUAAUCUCAACCAUUCGGGAUCCUUUCAUUGGUGUGAUGAGUAUAUUCGAGGGCUUAGCGGCAACUCUUACAUUGAUGAACGUGCAAACAUUCCACGAUUGGAUCAGGAACGUACACCUCCCAUUCGCCCAAGGUUGGAGCAAGCAUCUAGAGCAAGUCACAUUUGCGCCGGGAAACCUGUUUUGGAUUUGAAGACCCAAAUGUUAAUGUCGUGUGUCGGUAUUAUGAUGAUUGUUGUAGGAUUCUUUAUUGGCAAACUCGUGUGAAUUAUGUGAACAACAUGUUAUUUUGUUAAUUAUGUAAUUAGUAGCUACUAAGUUCCAAGA